UGUGUAAUGCUUUAUGCUAGGAUGCAUUGUGUGCUUCCUGAUCGCGUCCAACCUAUGAGGUAACGGUUUUCUUAGUAUCGACGUAUCAGGAGUAAAUUCUAAUCAGUGUGUUGCCAAAGAACUUGACAUAGCAAAUUUUAAAAAAAAAUAAGCGGUAACAAAUGUAACUCCAUAUUAUAUAAAAUAUGGGAGCUCAUACGUAUGGUUUAUUUUUCCCCAAGGGAUGGUUCAGUAGGACUCUUUUACGAAGUGCUUUGGUUGUCGUAGGAGCUGACGCCUACAUUAAGUAUGAAUACGGCAUAGAUGUGAAUUAUGAUUUUAACUCCACUGCCUGGAAUUGGUGGUUGGACAAAACGCCGGAAGAGAGAAAAGCUCUAUCGAGUUAAUAAACGUGC